AUGGCAGCUACAGUGGUGAAAGCAGCCCUCUUGCCAGUCACUGCUCUGCGUUACACUGCCGGCGAACCUCUCCUUAGCGGAGCUCUGCUUUACCUAUUGACCCGUGCCCCGGCUCAAUAUCGCGAAAAGGUCCUUGCUCCAUUUCGCAACAACAUCUUGGCCAAGAAUGGCGACAUCAAACUGGCCCAGGCAGUGAAGCUGCUCAAGGUACUGCUUGCUCUGGGGGUAUGGGGCCGCAUCAGUCAACUGCUUGACCGAUGGGCCAGAAACUACUGGUAUCUUCGACGACCAGGUGCACCCUGGCGAUUCGGCGAUGCUCAAAAGAGCGAGCUGGUCGUUAUCACGGGUGGUAGCAGUGGCUUUGGAUACGAGAUGGUAAAGAGUUUCGCGACCAAGGCGAGAGUGAUUGCACUCGACAUCCAGGACUUCCCGCCGGAGCUCGAAAGGUUACGAGAUGUGCAUUUCUACAAAUGCGACGUGACCGAUUUCGAGGCGUUGAUCAACCUUUGCGGAGAGAUCCGCAGCGCUCACGGUGACCCAACUGUAUUGAUCAACAAUGCAGGAAUCGCAAACGGCAAGCUCGUUGCGACUACACCUGCUCAGGCUGUCGACCGGCUCAUGAAGGUCAAUCUGACCUCGCACUUCCUUCUCAUCAAGGAGUUCCUCCCAGGCAUGUUGGCUGCACAGAAGGGACAUAUAGUAACCAUUGCUUCAAUGGCCAGCUUUGUUGCUGCACCCGGUCUGCUCGACUAUUGCGUUAGCAAGGUCGGCGCUCUUUACCUGAACGAUGGUAGGCUUCGCGCCGAACUUUUCACUCGCCACGGCAUCGCCGGUCACUCCAUCAACACGACUUCAGUCCAUCCCUCCUGGCACUCAACAGGCAUCACCAAAGCCGCAGAGCCCCAGCUGGCCAAGCACGGCAUCAUUCCGGAUCCACCGACCAACGUGACAGACUUGAUCGUUGAGCAAGUUCUUUCCGGACGAUCUGGUCAGAUAUUCGUGCCCAAGGAUCAAGUCAGGUACAAGAAUAUCAGAAGCUGGCCGUUGUGGAUACAGGACGUGCUAGCCGGAUAUCCAUGGAAGAGAGGUGACCGCGAGUCGGGCUUCCGGUUUGGGGAUGAGGAUGGCUUGGGCCAGGAAGGGAUUAAGGUUGACUAA